AUGGGGCCCCCGGGCAAUAGGGGAUCAUGGGGCCCCUGUGUCCUUGCCCAAACUCAAAAAAAACCUAUGAAAAAGUUACAAAGAGCAUCUCAUGGGGCUCCCUACUGACCCGGGCCCUGGGGCAGUGCCCGAGUUUCCAAAUGGUCAGUCCGCCCCUGAUACUGUAUACAUGUAAAGCGCUGUGUAAAUUGACGGCGCUAUAUAAGUACCUGAAAUAAAUAAAUUCUAUAUUAGUUUAUAACCAAAAAUUUAUUUUUUUAUUUUUUUAAUAUUAUUUCUGUUUUUUUUUUAAUUCUACAUACUGUCACCCUAGCAUUACAAUGUUACCAUGGUGACACUGUACUACUUGUGG